AUGCAAAUAACAAAGAAACAAUAUGACAACUUCUGGGGGAAACUGCAGAUUACCUUGCCGGAGCAUAAAAAAUCAACAGAUUACAUUCAGGGAUUGUUUCGAGAAGAAAUAAGUUCUAGACCUAGACCUAUGAGCUUGCCUUUUAGCAGUAAAAAUAUUGCAUCAAGCAGUACAUCUCCUCCAGUUUUUACUCUUUCUGUAACUACUUCGACUACCAGUACAGUAUCUAGUGUAACAUCAAAAUUGAGUUCAGUCCUAUAG